AUGCCAGUUUUGAUACCUCCCGCUGAGCGCAGCCAGGAUCAGCGGGUUGGGGCUCCAGCAUGGCGCCAGGCGGCCAAGGAUAUCACGCAGAAGGCCCGCCAGCUGACCAACCGCUGCGGGAGGGAAGCGGUGACCAUGUGGCAACCUGAGGACAGCAUUCAGGACCCACACGUGGCGAGCCACCUCUGCCGCGCCGCCUACAUCCUGCCUUGGCGCUUCCGCGUGGAGAUGCUCAAAGGUGGUGGCACUGUAGAGAAGCCGCCACCGGGUGAGGGCGUCACUUUGUGGAAGAGCAAGAUGAAGCCCCCGGUCUGGCACGCACGCCUACCGCUGCCUAUGCACCGCGACGCGCGGACCCUGCAGACCGCGGAGGUGGUGCAAGCACACGCGCGCGGGGCGCGCCUCACUGCUGCCCGCCUGGGCCGCGCACAGCACCAGAUCAACGGGCAGGUGCAGCUACUGCAGCGCCAGCGGGAGAGCACCGACCACAGGCUCAGCGAAGUGCGCAAAGGUCUGCUGAUUAACCAGCAGAGCGUCAAGCUGAGGGGCUACCGACCCAAGUCUGAGAAGAUUCCAGACAAAGCUGACAGUAUGCUUAAGUGGGAGAAGGAGGAGCUAAAGAGCAUGAAGAGGAAGAUGGAGGAAGAUAUGGAAAAAUCAGAGGCCUUGCUCAAGGCCUUAGCCUCCUGCCGGGACACUCUGGCCUUCUGCUAUAAGGAGAGGCUCCAAGCUGUGGACCUAAUGAACCAGCCACUAGACAAGGUUCUGGAGCAGGCUGGCCGCCACUCAUGGGUGCACCUAUCCCGCGUGCCCACCCCACGCACUCAGGGCCAGAAGACACCACCUAUAGACCCUGUGGGUACCUAUACCCCAGAGUGUGCCACAGCGCUGUAUGAAGCCAAGCAACUGCUGAUGGAGUCCAAGGACAUCUUACAAGAAAUGGCAAAGAGUGAGGAAGACAUCCGGCAGCAACAGCAGCAGAUAAGCGAUCUCGUGUGCGCCUCACUGACGCAGAAGAUGCACGAAACGUCAGAGCUGAAGGAAAAAAUGUACAUGGCCUUAGGAUUAAUGAGGGGAACAAUCCACCGGUGCACAAAAUUCAGCCACGAGAUGCACAUCACCCGCGGCCUCAUCAAGGGUCCUCUGUCAAAAUCUCACCUGGAGACUAGAGAGAAGCUGGACAGACCUCUGGUUCGAGUGUACCAAAGACACGUGGGCACUCAACUCCCCGAGGCCUCGCGCCUUGCUCAGGGCACUGACAAACUGCAGCGCCACAUCUCACACGUGGAAAAGAACCUGAAAGCGCUGAUGGACAAGCACAAGCACCUCUCCCGGAGCCUCGACUGCAAGAAGAUGGGCCAGAAAGCCGACUACAGCGUGGUGCGCCUGCGCCUCCGCCAGCGCCAUCCGCACGUGUACUACGAGCAGGCGCAGCGCCUCGUCAGCGACUGGAGCCCUCCCGUGCCUCCCGGCGCCGGCACCCAGUGA